AUGGACACCCACACCCGUCCCCGAGACUACAGUCACCGAGACCGAGACCGAGACACUCACUCGAAAUCGCGCUCCCGCUCUCGCUCCCCAGACCGAAGCCACCGUCACCACCGCCGCCAUAGACACGAUCGUCACCAUCGUGAUCGCCAUCAUCGCAACGCUCGCGAUGACCGGAAGCAUAACCACGACCGUCGCGAACAUCGCGGCCACCGUCCAGCGACAACAACAACCAAGCCAUCAAGCGAACCGAUACUCCUCCCCUUUAACGCCCGCGAACUCUCAAGACAUGACCUCUCCGCCUACGAGCCCAUGUUCGCAAUGUAUUUGGAUAUCCAGAAGGGAAAAUGGAUAGACGAUAUGGAUGAAGAGGAAGUUAAGGGGCGCUGGAAAAGUUUUGUGCGGAAAUGGAACCGUGGAGAACUUGCCCGAGGAUGGUACGAUCCGAGUACCCUGGACAAAGCCCAUGAAGGCACAGCAGAAAGCCAUCGUCCUACGGCAUCUUCUGCUGAGAAACGUGCAUCUCUUGAUUACGAAGGGGCUGGUACUGGAAAGGAUAGGAUGGGUGAUGUUGAUAGUAACGAGGAUGAUGAGGAAGACUACGGCCCGAAUCUCCCUUCAGGACUACAAAUUACCAAACCGUUAUCCGGUCCAGCAAUUCCUACCAUGCAAGAUUUGGACUUCCGGAAAGAAUCCGCAACUGAAGACGCCAUCGAAGCCCGACACGACGCCCGAAAACAACACCGCGCCGAAGUAAACUUGCAUAAAUCCGAGAUGCGCCUGGUAGAAGACGAAGUCGCCCCAAGAGCCGAACCAGGAACGCAUGAACGUCGGAUGGAAAAACGCCAAGAAGCAUCUGCUUCGAAUCGUGCGUUUGCUGAUUCCCGUCGGGGUGGUUCACCUGGUGUGGCAGCUCCUGAGGAGAUGCUGAUGGGCUCUGGUGAAAACGAUUUGGCGGAAAUGAAAAAGGAGCAGGAGAAAAUGCAGCGGAAGAAAAAUGAUCGCGAAAUUAGGAGGGAAGAGAUUAUGCGGGCGCGCGCCGCAGAGCGAGAAGAAAGAGUCCAGCAGUAUCGACAAAAGGAGGAAGAAACCAUCGGCUGGCUCAAAACCCUGGCAAAACAGAGGUUCGGUUGA